GUGAUUAUGACAUUUACAAGACAUUUCUUGGUCUUGCAGUCAAUUUUUAGAUGAUUUCGUGUGAUAUUUUAAGUCUCCAAACCUAAUUCUAUCUGCAGAACUGAUCACCAGCUUCAUUGGAAGGGUCAACUGAUUUGUUUUAGGGAAAUUUAAUCUCUUCUACACCGUUAUAUUAAUGUUGAGUUCAAGCAAACCUCUAAGAGAAGAAAUUAUGCUUCCUACUUUUGAUUAGUGGAAGCUAUGUGUAUACACGUAGACGGGUCUAUUUAAUGUAUGCACACACUGGAUCUGUUUCAGAAAAGGUUUCAUCCACAUAAACUCGCACAAACCCGCCCCUGAGUGUUGUUUUACUCCUUCCAAACCUAUAGGGGGCAGUGGAGCGCAAAGCUAACGCCCAUAGCAGACAAUCAAAUUACUUCAGAACAAUCAAGACUUCCUGUUAGAAAUUAAACAUGGCGCCAGGAGGUUCGUUUGUGUGGACAGAUGUACCAUACGGAGAUUGUGGACAAGAACAAAGAUCUACGACUCCAAAAUGAAGAAAUGACGCCGAUCCACAUUCUUCCAGAAGCUACAGAGAACAGAGGAUGUGUUGGAAUAAACAAGAUUGUUUGGGUCAGAGCCAUGCUUUGCUUACUUCCUUUACCUCAACCCCAUUUCCUGCUCCUGCUGAGACCCCGGUGAGCGAGUUUCCGCGGCAGACGCAAUACCCUGCAGACAGGAAUGAAACUUCAGGUGAUCUCCCAGCCUCUGCCGCCACCGCCGCCCCGACGGAAAGCACAGUCCGAUCAGAGACAUCGGCAGAUGCAGGACACCCGCACGUCGCAAGUUCCACUAAAGCUACAUCUCUGUUCACAGAUGCGCCCACAGUCACAACUCCAUCUCUCUCAGCCGCCGCAGACGGCCUUUCAUCGGCACCGACCGCUGCGAGCUCCACCCCUCAGCAGGCCACCUCCCUUAAGUACUCCCCGACCGGCGAGGCCCACUCCACCUUUUCAUCUGGAGCCACGACCCCCGCCUCCACCGCACACACACCAGCUCCUGGUUGGGUCCCUGUGGGGCCCACACACCAGGAGUUUCCGUCGGAGCUGAACAUCGGCGAUGACGACUCGAAGGGGUCCCGCCGCCACUCCAGCUCUCCUCUGGACCCCCUGCUGGCCGGUCUGCUGUCAGUGUUCAUUGUUACCACAGCUGUGGUCUUCACUGUCCUCUUCUUCAAGUUCCGCCAGCGGGUGAACCACCCUGAGUUCCACCGGCUGCAGGACCUUCCCAUGGACGAUUUGAUGGAGGACACGCCCCUCUCACCGUACGCCCACUGACGGAUUCUCCUCUCAACUCCGUCACUCGCACCAAGGAGAGAACACGUGCCGAAAAAGAAGCAACUUUUUGGAUACGUGGAGAAGCAUACGUCUUCAAGAUUAGUCCAAAUUACUGACUUCUCUGUUAAAGGCUCACUGUUGAAACGAUUAUUUAGUUAUUGUGUCAUUGUUUGUUUGAAUCCUCAAAGGUUGUAGAGUCACCUAAUCUUUCUUCCACAUUCCUGUCAGUCUCACACAAAAAGUGCAAAUUCAAGGCACUAUUGCACAAAUAGCAGCACUUUCAACUUCACACAUAUUACACUGCCCUCCAGUGGACAUAUGAGAUAACGUAGGUCGAAAAAUCCAUCCAGGACAAAUAAAAACCUCAGGUGAUUGUCAGUCUGAAUGAGGAUUUGGGGUUCUGACUGAGAAACAUCACUGGGGAUGAUUUAGGUGACCAAAUAUGAGGGAAGUGCACUUUCAAUCCAAACUGCUGCCUUAACGCUGCAUGAGGUAAUACAGAACGUUAACACGUUAAUUAUAUUUUUACUCUACAGUAUUUGAAAAACCAAAUGCACCAGUAACCUUUUUUUUUUGUUUUAACUAAGAAAAAACUUUCAGUGGUUGAAAUCAGAAAUAUGUGGCGUUGUUUGGUAAAUGUUGUUGUGAAACUUCUCAGUAUUCAUGUUGGAAUAAGAAUAAGAAUCCUGAAGUUUGUGAUUGUUCCUUAAAUUGAAUGAUAAAUUUGCCAACGCACAUCACUUCCCAACCUGCGAAGUAAAAGUGCUACAAUGAACACACAUUAGAAGUUAAAGUGAAAGUGAAAGCUGUUGUGUGGGUCUGAGCAUCAGGUGUCUUGCAAAAGCAUUCCUAGCCAUUGAGCUUUUCCACGUUUCGUCAUACUGUGACCACAAACGUCAGCAUAUUUCAAUGGGCUUUUAUAUCAAAGAGAAACGGAUUAGUGCCGAAUAGAAAAAAAAAAUUAAGCAAAGAAAAUCCAAUCCAAUUGCCUCCAGUCAACUCAUGAGUAAUGUAUUAUCAUCAAACAAUAUCUAAAGCUUUGGAAAGCUCACAAAAUACCGUUUGAUAGUUCAUCUGAAAAUUAAAAUAGCAGAAGCAGUCAGUGUUACAACAAAUCUAAAGAGGCCUCUGACUGAAGAUUGUUGGUAUACGACAGUCUCAUGACAUAUUAACAGCUCCAGAUUCCAGGGACAAUUUCCAUAGUAAUGUACUGGAUGACAUUAUUAGUUGUUUUUAGCACUGCUAAUGCUAAUCUGCCUCAUUUGCUUUUGCCUCCCCUCUUUAAAUCUAUUGAAAUUUGCUGGUCAGAUGCUGUUCAAGUAAGAUUGCGCCCCUUGUUUUACCAACAAGUUGUAAAACUUCCAUCUCUGUGCAAGCAAAGCAGGUACAGAUUCCAAGACUGGUAGCCUGACGCGAUAUUACAAUAUUUUGCGGUGGUAGUUAAUAUUGCGAUAUAUCCCUUCUCCUAAUCUGUGCUUCAUGCGCUACAUGAUCUUUAGCAUUUUUGGCAAUGUCUGGCUAAAUAUUGCAUUUUUAUUAUUAGGAUUAAAAAAAAUAAUCUUUUAAAAUAUGUCAGUCAACAAUUAUUGCAUGCCAAACAACCUUUUGCGAUAUGAAUAUUGCGCACACUAUGAUAUUUUUGUGAUAUAUUGUGCAUCCCUAGCUCGCAGUGCAGGAAAGGUAAUCCUGCAAAAUAUCGACUUAUGUAGGCUGAAUAAAAGCACGCCACACCUUUCAGAUUUUUAUCUCGCUUGUAGUUGCAAGCUGACAGAAAGUGGAGAAAAUUCAAGGGCUCUGAAUUUUGCAAGAUCCUCUGCUCUGCCAGAGUUUUGCUUUACUCUCACUAAGGAUCUUACGUGUUAAAAAUGUAAAAAUUUAAAUGAUAUGAAAGAUCACUUGUUUAGUAAUAAAAUAUUAAAAAACAUAAAACCAACAGUAAGUGUUCCACCUUUGAUAUUGCGGGUGGGGAAAAAUACACUGCUUUGUUUUUAACCUGCUUUUAAACCACUUGUCAGGUAUUAACUCUGAUUUAUGAUGAUCAAGUCAAUAAGUUAUUGCUCCUGUCUGAACCGGUACAAUAAACAAU